AUGUCUACUUAUCAUCCUAAUUUUGGAUCCUCUGGUAGUGGAGGUGGUGGACUAGGGAGUGUUUUCAAAUCAAUCACAAAGACCUUUAAAACUUCAUCAACUAGAAAUGUCCCAGUUACUAUUAAUCCAACUGUUGUUGGAGGAGGUCAGGAAUUACAACAUAUCAUUCAACAAUUAGAAACUACUACAUCCAACUCAACUAGACUUUCGGCAUUAAAUAAAUUGACUGAUUCUAUAUACAAAUAUCUGAUUUCUUCAGUUCCUGAAAUUUGGUAUCUUGUUCAUCAUUAUUGUGAAUAUAAUAAUUCUAAAUAUUCAAGAGAUGUUAGAAGAGCAGCAUUGAAAUUAUUAACUGCAUGUAUUAAAAAAGAUGCAAGUUCAGGAAUUGGAUCUAGAAUACGAUAUUUUAAUGAUAUUAAUACCUAUUGUAUGUUUCAAAAUAAUCGAACAGAUCCGGAUUAUGAUUUAUUUUUAGAAGCUUUAAUUGCAUUAACUAAUGAUGGGAGAGAUAUUCAUGAUUUUAUAAUUUAUGAAGAUCGAAAUAAUUUAAAUGUUUUCUUGGAAAAUUCCUUAGGUGAAUUGAUUGAAUCACUGAAUAAAUAUCAUUAUGAAUGGGAUGAAAAAGUUGAAGAUUUAAAAUUAAAAGAUAAAAAUUUUUCAAAUAUUCUAAGGAUAAUUGAAUUCACUACCAAUUGUAUCAAGUUUAAUUAUGCUACGUUUAAUGAAACCACUCUUGUUUGGAUAAUAAGACAUCUUAUACGAACAGAAUCUAAUAACAAGCAGAUUUUGUCAGCCAUUAUUGAUUGCUUUAAUUCCGUGUUGAUUUAUGGGCAUGCUCCUGUAGAUUGUAUUCCUGAUACGCUACGGUUCUUAUCAAUAAUUUACGGAUCAAGUAUUGAUACUGAGUUGAAUGAUUUGGUUUGGAGAUGUGCAAACAACAUGUAUGCUGAAGAUUCUGUUCAAAUUGUGAUUAUGUCUUUAUGUGACAACAUCGCCAACCCAGAAUUGAAUCCAUAUAAAGUUCAAUCAAGUGAAGGCAGAAAGAUGUUAUAUGCAUGUAUUGGAUCCAUUAGAUUGUUACGACAAUUCCAAGCAAGAGCAUCGUGUCAGAAGCAUAAUUUAUUUGAAUUGGCUCUAAUUGAUGUACUAAGAGCAUACAAAGUUGCAUUAUCAAGUGGGAUUUCCUUAAUUAAUAAUGAGAUUCUAGACUGUUUUGAUAAACUAUUUGCUAAAGAAGCUUAUCCUGAUAAUUUUGACAUUACAUUUAAUGGUUCUAUGGAUAAGGUUUUCCCAUUCCAUUUAUGGUAUUCAACUAAUUCCAUCUAUGAUUUGUUGAAUUUAUUGCAAGUCAAUAAUGAUCAAGAGAAAGGUCGUCUUCAAAGUAUUUGUUUAUCAUUGCAAUCAUUAUACGAAAGUCAAGAGUUACCGACACCAAAGGAUAAAUUAAUUGAUUUUUUUACGAAUUAUAUUGAAUAUUUACCCCUUGGAACAAUCAUAUUUGUUUUACAAUACUAUGAUGAUGAAAAAAUGUGUUCAUUGUUGAAUCCAUUUUGGAAGGAAAACUCAAUGAAACUUCUAAGUCAUUUUUAUUUCAACAAGGGAGUAGAAGUAACAGUAAGAGUUAGAUGUCUACAGGUGAUUCUCAAUGCUUACAGUACUUCACUUGCGGUUUUCAAUGAUGAAGAUAUAAAGUACGAAAUUGUGAUUGAAAUAUUAAAGCGAUCCCUUGAUGAAACAAAUGAUGAAGUCUUGCAUUACUUGGUGGAUAUAUUAUUUGGAGAAGUUUUAUUGAAAUGCCCUGGUCUGGUAUUUAAACAAUUGGUUUCUAUAAUAAUCCCACUAUUCCAAGAAGUUCCUGAUAAACCAUCUCAAAUACUGGCUAUGGAUGCACCUACAAUAGCAAGAAGUUUUAUUAGUUCAACAAACACCACGACGGUUGCACAUGAAGAACAAAAUACCAAAAUUCAAGAAAGUUUUGCUAAAUUAUUUUGUACAACAUUUAUCAAAUCUCAACCAAAGAGAGCACAAGAGUGCUAUGAGACAUUGAUUCAAAUUGCCAACUUGUCAAAGAAUAAUAGUAUGGUGCUUUUGAUUAUUGCUAAAUGUUUUGUUCGAGUUAGAACAACGACAGAGAACUACAUAUACUAUACAGAACCUAGUGAUAUGGGUGGUUUAGCUGCUGCUUUCAAGAGGGAUACUACUAGUAUCCAUCAAGGACAAUGGUCAUACCCAGAAACUGUGGACUAUUUACCGCAGAAGUAUUUUAAUAAUCCAAACAGAAGAUUGCUAUUGAAAGUUACUCGCGAUCAAGAGGAGGAGAACGAAUGUGACAAAUCGUAUAUUGACAUACAAAAUUGGCUUCAAUUAGCAUUAUACAUUAUGGAAAAUUUUAUUGAUUGGGAAGUUUAUUCAUAUGUAUGUGCACAUUUUGUUGGACAAUUAUCAAAUAUGCAAUUGUUUUAUCAUUGUGAUGAAGAAAUAAGUAGAUUAAGAUCGGUAUUAUGUGAUCAAUUAGCCUUAAAAUUCCCACCAUCUUUAAGAUUCCCAAAGGACAAUGAAAUCACUAGAGCUGAUUUACAAGUUGCAUUUGUAAGAAGUUUUUCAGCAUUUAUUGGAUAUCAUGAAAAAUUUACUAAAAAUGAUCAAGAUCAUAUUAUCAAUAGUUUAUUAAUUGGAGCUGGAUCUUGGGAAAAAACUGCCAUUCCGUGUAUUAAUAUGCUUACAGUUUGUUGUUAUGAAAGUCCUUUGUCAAUUAUGAAAUUUUUAAAUUCAAUCUUGACUAAAUUACAAACUAAAAUUACUAGUGUUAAUGCUGCUGCUCAUACGUUGGAAUUUUUAAUUUCUUUAGCUGAAGUUCCAAAACUUACUGUAAAUUUCACAAUUGAAGAUUUUAAACAAGGAUUUGGUAUUGCGUUCAAGUAUAUUCAGUAUGCUAAAGAUUUGGAGAAAAGAAUAAAUUCUACAUCUCAACAACAACAACAACCACUGUUGAUCCAAACUCAUGGUGUGGAUGCUGAAGUUGAACAAGCACCACUGACAAAGCAACAAGAAAUCACACCAGUUUUAGCACAAUAUAUCUUGUUAUUAUCUUAUGAUGUGGUAGCAAGUUGGUUUGUUACAUUAAAGUUGAACGACAGAAAAUUAUUACUGGGAUUUAUUAUCAAGAACUUGAAAUUAUGUAAUGAAGACACGGAAAAACUUGAUGACUUUACCAUUGGACUUCUUGAUUUGAUUACCAGAUUCACAUCUACAGAUUUGCCAUUAGAAAUGGGUUACAAUGCCAGGAGAAUAAGUACCAAUAGUACAAGUAUGGGUAAAUGGAUUGUUGAUAAUUCUGUGGUCUCAAUAGAAACAGAUUCUAUCAAAGGAGAUACUGAAUUAUUGAUUAGGAAACCAACUGGCGUUUGUAAAUUCAAUAUAACAUUGGAUCACCCAGGGAUAUUGAAGAAUUCAUCACCUAUGGUUAUGCCUACUUAUUUUCUACUGCAGUUGAUUGUUGAUGGGAACAGUCAAUGUGAACCACAACCAAUUCCUGAUGAUACCGAUACAAAUCGUGCUAUAUCAGUUCUUGAUCGUAUUCCAAGUGUGCAAUUUUAUAAAGUUGGGAUCAUAUAUAUUGGUAGACAUCAAAUCACUGAAAAUGAAGUUUUUAAUAAUAAAAUUGGAUCACCGGAUUAUCAAAAAUUCUUGCUGGAAAUUGGAGAUUUGCUUGUUUUGAAAGGUUGCAGAAAUGUAUAUACCGGAGGGUUAGAUACUGAGAAUAAUAUGGAUGGAGAGUUUACAAGAUAUUGGAGAGGUAAAUUCACGCAAAUGGUAUUUCAUGUGGUAACAAUGAUGAAUAACAGUAAUACCAUACAGCAGAAUGAGAAUUUAUCAGAUAUUGAAAUUCAAAGAUUAAUUGAUAUGAAAAAGAGACAUAUUGGGAAUAAUUACGUUAAUAUUUUCUUUGAUGAAUCAGGAAAUGAGUUUAAUUUUAAUUUAAUUAAAAGUCAAUUCAAUUUCCUUAGUAUUGUUAUAUCCCCACAUACAUUAUCUAAUGAUUUUACAAUAUCAGAUCUUCAUAAGAAAUCCAAUUCAAAUUCUAAAUUUUUCAAAGUUAAAACUUACAGAAGAGGUGGGAUUCCUCCAUUAUUUGGUACUUCACAUUACAAACUUAUAAGUGAGAAUGAAUUGGCUACAUUUAUAAGAACCACAGCAAUAUUAGCCAAUAUUUUUGCUAAUACAUGGCAUGGUGGUAGAUUAGUAUGGGAGCAAAGAGUUAAACAAUUAAAAUUAAUUGAAUCUUAUAGUAAGAAGAAUACAUAG